UAGUAAUGUUACGUAUGUCACUUUAUUUUCACUUUACAUGGCCUUUCAACUCAUCUUGCUAAUCUUGCACACACGUCUGAGUUGGUCCUAUUGACAGCAGUGGACGAAUGUCACCGAUCACGACUUAAUAUAAGAAGAACCUUUGUAAUGGUGAGAGUUUUAUUUUGAUUCAACAGCUGUUGGAGCUUUUUGGUCGCGGACCAAUCGGAGCACUCGCCGUUAUCAGCACGGGGAAAAAAUCCCCACCGUCGCCAUAAUACAGCAGCAGCGGAAACGGCUGAGAAGUGGCUAGAAAACAAAAGAGCGCACGCAGUCGUCCUCGCCAUUUGGUAUGCUCUUGCAGUGUUACAGGAAUGCCCAAGGAAAAAUAUGACCCGCCGGAUCCCAGGCGGAUGUACACGAUAAUGUCCAGCGAAGAGGCAGCCAAUGGGAAGAAGUCGUACUGGGCUGAGCUGGAAAUUAGUGGUCGAGUGAGGAGUCUCAGCACAGCCCUGUGGUCCCUCACCCACCUCACUGCCCUGCACCUCAGUGACAACUCAUUGUCACGCAUCCCGCCAGACAUUGCCAAACUUCACAAUUUGGUGUACCUGGAUCUUUCAUCCAACAAGAUCAGGAGUCUGCCGGCAGAGCUCGGCAACAUGGUGUCUCUCAGGGAACUGCUUUUAAAUAACAACCAGUUACGGGUUCUGCCUUUUGAAUUGGGAAAACUGUUUCAGUUACAAACUCUCGGGUUAAAAGGAAACCCACUUGCACAAGAAAUUAUGAGCCUCUACCAGGAACCUGAUGGCACGCGAAGACUGCUCAAUUACUUGUUAGACAAUCUGGCAGGGGCUAUCAAGCGCAUACCAACAGAGCAGCCCCCGGCCCGAUCGUGGAUCUCUCUCCAGGAACCAGACAGAGCCCGGCCAUCAGCACUGUUCUCGGUCAUGUGCUACAAUGUGCUGUGCGAUAAAUACGCCACGAGGCAGCUGUACGGCUACUGCCCCUCUUGGGCUCUAAACUGGGAGUACAGGAAGAAGUCCAUCAUGCAAGAGAUUAUGGGCUGCAACGCAGACAUCAUCAGUUUGCAGGAAGUGGAGACAGAGCAGUACUACAAUUUUUUCUUGCCAGAACUAAAGGAGCAGGGUUACGACGGGUUCUUCAGUCCAAAGUCGCGAGCUCGGACCAUGUCAGAGUCGGACCGAAAACAUGUGGACGGAUGUGCAAUUUUCUACAAGACAGAAAAGUUCAGUGCAGUUCAGAAGCACACAGUCGAAUUUAAUCAACUGGCUAUGGCUAACUCAGAGGGCUCAGAGGCCAUGUUGAAUCGCGUGAUGACCAAGGACAACAUUGGGGUCGCCGUACUGCUUGAAGUCCGCAAAGAGAUGAUGGAAAUCUCCUCCGGCAAGUUGCUGCAUGGCAUGGAGAAGCAGCUUCUGCUGGUGGCCAACGCCCACAUGCACUGGGACCCUGAGUACUCUGACGUAAAGCUGGUUCAGACCAUGAUGUUCCUGUCGGAAGUGAAGAACAUUGUGGACAAGGCGACGCGCAGCCUCAAGUUGUCCUCGGUCUCUGGUGAAACCAAUGGCAUUCCGCUGGUGCUCUGCGCUGACCUCAACUCUUUGCCCGAUUCUGGCGUGGUUGAGUACUUAAGUGCGGGUGGAGUGGACUGCACCCACAAGGACUUCAAGGAGCUUCGCUACAGCGACAGCCUGACCAAAUUCAAUUGCAACGGCAAGAGCAGCACGUCCAACGGCAGGAUCACCCACGGCUUCAAGCUGAAAAGCGCUUACGAGAACGGCCUGAUGCCUUACACCAACUACACAUUUGACUUCAAGGGUGUCAUCGACUACAUUUUCUACUCCAAGCCUCACCUGAACGUCCUGGGCAUCCUGGGCCCUCUGGAUCCUCACUGGCUGGUAGAAAACAAUGUCAGCGGAUGCCCGCACCCUCACAUCCCCUCUGACCACUUCAGUCUCUUCUCCCAGUUGGAGCUUCUCCUGCCCAACGUGCCCCCCCAGGUCAAUGGUCUCCAUCUGCCUGCACGCAGGUAGUGAGUCCUGGCCAGUCCCCCGGGGUUCGGGCAAGGGGGGGUCUGUCCCUCUCUGCCCGUGACCCCUCCCACGACCAGCUCUCCCCUCUGGCGCCCCCCGGAGGAGGAAGGCAUAAAAGAAAGAAAAACACAACCUGUAAAAUAUUCGUACAGUGAGGUCUGGCCAACAGGGAUUUCGUAUGAUGUUAAAGAUAUUCUAUAUUUUUCUUUUAUUUUCUCUCUCUCUCUCUCUCUUUUUUUUUUUUUUUUUUAACUGCUCAAGUCCAAUUUGUGUAUCACAUUUUUUUCUUUUGGACUCCCUUAAAUCCCUACAUACAUGUCUUUCGCUACACCGAAUGCUAGCUCAUCCCGCGUUUUUCGACGCGAGAGAGAGGGCCAUGUUUUGCGGAAAAGCUUCCAAGCUGAUGGUGUGUGUGUGUGUGUGUGCGCGCAUGUGUACACUCGUGUGUCUGCCUGUCCUGUAUAAACCUGAAACCAGCAAAGACAGCAGACACAACACUCUUUACAACUCCAUCGCGCGGCAAGAGGGCUGGUAGUCAAGAGUCGAGACGGGAACUUUUCCCGUUGUCGUUCUGUGGUGCUCGGGGCCCCGUCGAGUGCUCCUGUGGUGCUGCACCUCCGACCCCCCGCCCCGGCGCCCGACCGUGGUGCAAUAGCUCCCGCACACAAUUCCGCACCCCACCCACUCUAAUGGUGCUGCUUGACUUCACAGAGCCAGGAGGAACGCUUUGAGAAACAGCUACCAAACUAAUCUCAGACUGUUUUGGGUGUUGUCGUCUUAAUGCUAUACGGCACUCUCAGCCCGCAUUUAAUUUUGAGUAGUGACCAUUUGGGGAUUGGGGUCUUGAGUUGCUUCUAUUUUGCAAGCGAGGCUGCCGGUCAAGGGGUGAUACGACUAGCAUUCCUCUCACUGUCCAGCGCAACACACACACUCGCACACACACAUUUGUAGCACUGUCUCAAUGGCCAGUAGUGUCGUUCCUGCGUCAUUCAACCCAAACACACACACACACUAUAAAAGUGUUUUCAGUUUUUUAGUUGGUUUUUUUCCACAAGUUUGUACAGAAUCAAAAGCAUAGACUCGGUCUUUACAUGAUUGUAUAUGAAUCACAGAAGACUUGUUUUCUGGUGUUUUUUUUGUACCAAGAGUAAAUUAUAAUCCCAUUUGAGAAAAGAUUGUAUGUAAACUAUGACUAAAUUUUUAUCCCGUUCAUGUCGCGGUGAAACUGAUGACCAGCUUGUACAAACAACAUAAGCAGAAGAAGAAAAGGUUGUUCACGGCGCUUUGUCACAACUUUGCACUCUUUUUGAGAUGAACCAUUACGUAGCGGAUCUGUUGUUGUUUUGAAGCCCCUGCCAUUACUUCCCAUGUUGAUUUGGUUUGAUUGUGGUGAUUUGUGCCCAAGACAUCUGCCAUUGAUCAUCCCCACCAGCUCAUUGACAUACACGCACACGUAUAUGCCGUGUGAUUGACACCCGACAAAUAAUAACACCCCCCCCACCAUGUUCAAGCAAACAUCGUACCUCAUCGUAGCAGUCGUUGUCUUGCACUACUAAACAUUUGACAGACGCCUGAACAACCUUUUCUGCUUUUAUUUUUAAAUACUGUUGAGACAUUUGUGAAGAUUUUAUGUCCUUUUGUGUUUUGUUAAAAGUUGGUUCUCCUUUUUUACGAGCCGUGACGAUGUUAAAGAUGUUGUGUAUUCCUUUUUGUUUUUUUGCCCCCCCCCCCCCCCCCCCCAAUAAUCAGGUAUGUGUGUAAACGCCCAGGCCCCACUUUGUCCAUAAGGAUCAGAUGUGACUUUUAUGAUUUAUCAUCAUUGUACAUUAGCACAGCUCUGCCACUUUGCUUUUGCAGCCAGAUCACCUCCACAUUUUAUUUUGUUUUCCACCCAGCCCUCCUGCCUCCCCCCAAUCUUUAGUUAGUUAGUUCUGUCAUUUUAAAUCCCUCGAGAGCAACCACUUUACAUCAUUGUCACGUCCAGGUAUACACACACGCACACACACACACACAUUUAGCUGAAGCUACUGUCCCAUCCGUGGAACACCCCCACUUGGUCCACCCCACCUCGCCCCAAAAUUUCAGCGACAGUUGGCUUUAAAUGCCACAGGAAGACAAGCACUUAUUAGACUCCGCCCCCUCCACUUUGCAGACAUCUCAUCACUUUGUUUUAAAGCAACGGAAGCAAAUGGGAAGUAUGAAGUUAGUCCCCAGAAGUCCUUCCUGUUCUGUUUGUUUGCCGCCAAUGUUUUUAACUGAAAAAAACAACAGUGUCCACUUUUUUUCUUCCUUUUCCUGAAUGGCAUUAGUAUUGUAGUAGAUGAAAAAGCUAGCUUCUUUUUGUAAAGUGUGAAUAAAAGAUGUAUCUCAUGUUUCCUUUCUAAAAUGAUACUGAAUUGUGUUGAUGUAUAAAUACUGAAUUCUACAACGUAUUGUUUGCGACGUUUUAGUACUUUCCCAUUCUACACGCUUAACCUGCCACAAACCAAAUUCUCUGUCAAUGAUGUGUACAGGAGUUGAAUGUUCGGAAAUGAAGGAUGGAGUGUUUUGGGCAUCAGCAAAGGUGACAUCUUUUGGUGUUAUGAACUCAACCCCCCCCCCAACAUUUUUUUUUUUUUUUGAGUGUGGUUUUGUUACUUUCAGCUUUAUUACGCAUAUUUUGCCUGGCACUAGCUGGAGAGUGCUAGUGCCUGAAGGUGAGGGCAGCAGAGCUGACCUCUCCUAGUGGCUGCUGAGCUUAUGAUGUGCCGCUGGUCGCCAGACAGCUCCUGUGAUCAUUUCUCUCUCUUUCUCCCCCUGUCUCUCCUUUUCUCUCUUCUUUUGUGUGUAAUGUGCUUGAUUUUGCACGCUUCCCUCGUGAAGGCAGGCUGCCGUCUUCGAGAGCCCAAUCGCAGAGCAAAACUCGUGUGAUGGUGUUGUGCUUUGUGAUUUUGUUUGUGCUCCUUUAGGUGUAGAGUGAUCUAAUUUCCCUAAGCUGCAUCUUUUUGUUGUUGCGGUGCACACCAAAGCUGCUCGUAGUAACAAAUCAUGCCCCACCACCACCACCACCACCACCACCACCUCAUCCAAGUCAUGUGAAUUGGAGAGCUGUAAGGCAACCUUUUCCUUGGACUGACUUCAUUGCUUUCACGUUGAAUUAAUUGCAUCCCCUUUCAGAAAAAAUGGCAAUAAUACUCAACAUUCAGACGCGUUUUGUUUUAGACAUUUUAUGUGGGGACUAAUGUAGCUUCUUUCACCCUUUAACACUGCGCCCACUGUUAGCCGAUGCAUUGAUUUCACCUGUAUAUUUGCUCAUCUCCUUUCCCCGCUGACUUCGUGCUAGUUGUUCAAUGAUCAGGAUUGUCUAUCUGUAGUCAGCUGAGUACAUUUUAUUGAUCUGUCACUGUGUUUAUGCACUGGACCAACUAUUGUUUACCAUUCAUUAAAUACCAGCAAAAAAAAAAAAAGACUAAAUUAAUAACUGAUAAGAAAACACUUGCACAAUGUUGUAGAAUGUCCAUUAACCCAGACAAGAAAUCAAGGCAGCUCUUUUCAAAUCAACGCAUAUUGUUUGAAAAAGGAACUGAAUGGUAAACAAUGUUUCUGUUGUACACUUAUCCGUCCUCUCAAAUCUCUUUGGACUAGUUUUGUACUUUUUUUUUUUCAUUGACUACAGGUUCUGCUUGUUUCCUUUUCACCUACCUAUGUAUUUUCCUACUUGUUCAAAAUAAAUUCUAUAUUAUCUGUUUCAA